GAAAGAACCUAUAUUUUCAUGUAAGAUAAUAUAAGAUUUGUAAACUAGUUAAAAUAAUCAUUUCAUACGUAAAGGAAGUAAUAGUAUUAAGGUAUAUUAUAUUUUUUAAAAUUAAAUAACUUGAAGUUAAGAAAUUAAGUAACUUUGAACAAUUAUGUUUAAUAAUCAAAGUCAUUUAGAGGAUGCUACACAAAGUUGUAGGGAUUCAUGCUACAAUAUGUCUUAUCCAAUAGAUCAGUCCAUUUAUAAUGCCAAUUAUAAUAUGAAUGUAUAUCAAAAUAUUGUUUAUUCAGUUGCUAUAUCUGAUAAUGAGAAUGCUACAUCAGUGAUUAACUUAGGAAAACGACAAGCUGACGAAAGAGAUAUUGAAAAUUUUCUUCUAGAAACUGAUCAAUCUAAUAAUAUAAAUGACCAGAGAAAUACCUACAAAAAAUCUAAGAUUGCAAUAACUAAAAAUGCUAUAACAUCGGCAUACAAAUUAAAUGAGAAAUUGAAAGUAAUUUGUGCAGAGCUUAAAAAUAGCCAGCAUUUAACAGAAGAAGAAUGGCAACAGAAGAUAAGUAUUUGUAAUGCAGCAAAAGAAGAAAUUGUUAAAUUAUUAGAGCCUAUUAGAGAUCAGAAUUUUUGUAAUCAAUUAAAAAAAGAUUUAGAAAGACGAAAGAAAAAGAGGUUGAGAGAAAAAAUGAAAAAGGAAAAAUGGAAAAAUGAGAAAUUAAUGAGAAUGGAAAGGAGAGCAAAAAUGCAUGCACAAAUUGACUCAUGGAUUAGGAAGGAACAAGCUGUAAUAGAGAAAGAAAAGCAAGAAGAAAAUUUACGUAAAGAUGCUGAUAUGAUUUUAUUUGAUGUUAGAGGGAAAAGAACUGAUGCUAGGAAAUAUCUUGGAUUGUUACAAGAAUUGCGAAAUCUGCGAAAUGUAAAGGCCAAUAUUGCCAGAGCUAGAGGGGAACAUUUAUCUUCAGCAGCAGAUAAAGCAUUUAAUAAUAUUAUUGCCAAACUAACAGAGCAAUGGUCGAUGCUUGAUCGUGAGUAUUCUAUAGAGGAACAGGGUUUAAGAUUAAUGUUGAAAAAUGAUAAUGAAGAAAGAAUUGAAAAACAAAAAAGGAGUCUGUUUGAUGAAUGGGAAAAAGUAUUAUUUGGAAGAAAAAUAACAUCUGAUCAAUAUAAUAUAGAUUUAACCAAACUAAUUAUUAUUAGAACUGCUUGGGAUAAAUAUAUAAGUACGGACAGCAAUGCAUCAGCAAUACCAAUUGGGUGGGUAAUGCCUGAUAAGCCAUCCUCUGCUGCCUGGCAAAAAUGCUUAAAAAAAGAAGUUUCAUGAAAUAAACUCAUAGUAUGCAAUUGUAGAUUCUAGAUUGUGAAAAUAAGUAAAAUUUGAUAUCGUCUUAAUAAUUUAUACUAUACAAAUAUAAACAGUACGCAUUAUACGCAUUUAAAUAUGAUAUGAUUUAAGAAAAAUAAACGCUUCUCUGGUC